AUGAAUAGCUACGCGGUGUUGUAUCUGAGCAUUGGGCUCGUCAUGUCUUUUAACAACUUCAAGGUGGACGGACAAUCGUCGUCGACGGAUGGAUCAACGGUAUCAACCGUUUCCGGUGGCACCACGGAAUCUGGCGGAACUACGGUAAGCGGAGGGUCGACCGUUAGUGGAGCUUCUGAAACGACUGCGGCUACUGCAGCGACAGCUGGCCCAUGUGUUGACGCCGAUCCCGCCAACUGCCCAGCCUGGGUGAAGAAUGGCUUCUGCACUUCCACCUUCUAUACCGACGACGAAAAGCGGAAAUACUGCGCCAAGAGCUGCGACCUGUGCGAUGGGAACUGCAAGGAUGCCAACAGCAACUGUGCAACUUGGGUGAAAAACGGUUUCUGCACGAACACCGGAUACACCGAUGACCAGAAGCGUGAAUACUGCGCGAAGAGCUGCAACUUGUGCCAGGGAGGAGCCACCGGAGCUACAGCAUCUCCCAAUUGUAAUGACGCAUCAACAAACUGCCCGGAUUGGGUGAAGAACGGCUUCUGCACCAACCCCGUCUACACCGACGACCAAAAGAAGAAAUACUGCGCCAAGAGCUGCAGUUUGUGC